AUGGCACCAUCAAACCCUCUGGCUAAUUGGGAGAGGCUGGGGAGUAGCUUUUACCGCAAGGUCCCCGUGUAUUAUUCGGUCUUCGAUGAGGACGUAGAGUUAGAGAACUACAUCGUCGCCGCCGCGCCAUAUGGCGGGGCUAUUGCUUUGCAUCGGGAUGAAAGCAAGCCGUUCAGAUUCAAAGAUGCGCAGACCACCAAGUCGAACAUUGACAUCUAUUCCCGCUCCGGAAACUUGAUCAAUAGGUUGAAUUGGGAGCAUGGCACGAUUAGAGGACUCGGAUGGUCCGACCAGGAGGAACUCCUGGUUAUUACAGAGGAUGGUACCGUCCGACGGUACUUCGGGUUGUACGGCGACUUCACCUCCUUUUCUCUUGGAAAUGGAGCCGAAGAGUAUGGGGUGAGAGCAUGCCGGUUCUGGAACUCUGGCUUUGUGGCCUUACUUUCGAACAACCAGCUGAUCGCUGUAUCAAAUUAUGAUGAACCACGUCCAAAACUUCUAGCCGCUUGCCCGGAAGGAGAGGUCGCUUCAUGGUCACUGAUUCCACCAGCUUACACACUGUCUCGUUCGGUCGAGGUUCUGCUUGCUGUCGACAAGACGGUCUACCUAAUCGACCCUACGGAAGCAGAGGAUAAAGUGCUCCAGAACGGCCCGUUCAAGCACGCGAGUGUGUCUCCAACCGGACGAUUCGUGGCGCUUAUUACCGCCGAAGGGAAAGUGUGGGUGGUGAGCAGCGAUUUUCAGAGUAAGUUUAGUGAAUACGAUCCAGAGUCUCGGGUUACUCCCCGUACUGUGGACUGGUGUGGUGAUGAUGCUGUUGUUAUCGCAUGGGAGGACGAGGUGCAUCUCAUCGGCCCUAAUGGCGCUGCUGCCCGAUACUACUACGAUGGAACUGUUCAUGUUCUACCAGAGUUUGACGGCGUGGGACUUAUCACCAACGAUACAUACGAAUAUCUGCAUAAAGUCUCAGACGUGACCGAGGCGAUCUUUCGGCUUGGAUCAACAUCUCCAGCAUCUGUUCUCCUGGACUCUAUUGACCUUCUGGACAGAAAGUCACCGAAAGCAGACGAAAACAUUCAACGAAUCCGAUCCAGCCUCCCGGAAGCUGUUGAUACCUGCGUCAAGGCAGCUGGACAUGAAUUUGAUGUCCACUGGCAAAAGCGAUUGCUAAAAGCUGCUUCGUUCGGAAAAUCAGUGCUAGACCUAUAUAACAGCGACGAGUUUGUGGAGAUGACCGAGAAAUUGCGAGUCUUGCAGGCGGUUAGAGACUUCAAGAUCGGAUUACCCAUUUCCUACGAGCAAUACAUGCGCCUGACCUCAGAGAAACUGAUUGAACGUCUGGUGAACCGGCGUGAAUAUCUACUUGCAAUUCGUGUCUCGGAAUACCUGCAAAUCCCCGCUGACAAGAUAUACGUCCACUGGGCCAGCCAGAAAGUCAAGGUGUCAACAGUCGACGAUGAAGCUGUUUGCAGACUUAUCGUGCAGAGACUGGAAGGAAAGCCGGGCAUUUCUUUUGAAGUUAUCGCACAGGCCGCAUACGAUGAGGGUCGAGCACAUCUAGCUACCCAACUCUUGAACCACGAACCGCGGGCCGGGAAACAGGUUCCAUUGCUGCUUAAUAUGGAGGAAGACGAGAUUGCACUAGAUAAGGCUAUUCAGAGCGGAGAUGAUGACCUCAUCAACUACGUCCUGAUUCAUCUGAAGGGGAAGCUUCCUCUUGCUAGCUUUUUUAGGAUGAUAAACACCCGCCCAACAGCCUCUGCGCUCGUGGAAACUACUGCUAGAGGGGAAGACACUGAACUGUUAAAGGAUCUCUUUUAUCAAGACGAUCGUCCUGUCGAUGGCUCAAAUGUCCUUCUUUCGGAGGCCUUGAGCGAGACCGACCUGGCACGCAAACAGGAAAAGCUCCAGUUAGCAUCCCGAUUACUGGCAGAUUCGAAAGACCCCACGGUGGUGCUCCACCAGAAGCUACUCUCCGAGUCGUCUCAACUGCUCAAGGUCCAGGAAGCGCUUGACAAAGACUUGGCAGAAAGAUCCGAGUUCCUGGGCCUAAGUCUAAAUGAGACCAUCUACAGAUUAAUCCGAUCCGGCUACGGGAAACGAGCGCAAAAGAUCCAGGGCGACUUCAAGAUGCCGGAGAAAACAUACUGGUGGCUAAGGUUAAGGGCCCUAGUGGCCAAGCGUGAUUGGGGCGAAUUGGAGGAAAUCGGCAAGGUCAAAAAGUCCCCGAUAGGAUGGGAGCCCUUCUAUAACGAGAUUUUAGGCGCUGGAAACACAAAGCUUGCUUCUGUAUUCGUCCCGAAAUGCACCAACCUCCCCGCGGAGGACAGAAUUGAAAUGUGGGUGAAAUGCGGAAUGAUUGUCAAAGCCGGAGAGGAAGCUUUCAAAGCCAAGGAUGUCAAUACUCUCGAAAAUCUUCAAUCGAAGACCUCCGGCCCAUCCGCGGUCGAGAUUGGUCGGAUGAUCAAUCAGCUUCGGCCAAAGAAAUAG